AUGGAGCAAAUAUACCUUCUCCCGCAUUCCCCCACCAAGUCAAGCGUUGUCUGGCUGCCCGUCGUGUGGAACCACGCCGAUGUCUGGCGCAAGUCUGUGGGCCUCGCGCCAAAGUCAUACCACAUAACCAUGAGCGAAGCGGACGACCACUCGCUGGACAAGUCCGUGGCUGCCCAUUUCCGAGCAAGCGGCACGCUCGAAAAGGCGCUCGAGGCAGCGACACAGAUCGGCAUCGAUGCGCUCGACCAUCUGGUGGUAAGCCUCGCUGAGGAGCACGCCAGCUCGAUGCAAGGUGCCGAGCAGAUGAUCUCUGCAUUUCCGCGCUCCUACAAGGGCUAUCUUCGCCUCGCCGACGCAGCGCUUGCGGCUAACCCCAAGCUUGCGGCGCUAUCGUACGCGCAGGCACUCACACACGACCUAAGCCUGCUGGAGCCAGUCUCGCAGCGCAUCCGCAAGCUGUCAGACAUCGUCUCCUACGGGCCAAUCGUCACCGCCAAAGAGACGGAAAACAUCCCCGCAGCCUUGCACCAGCAUCUGAUUCGUCCUUGGGCUAGUGAGCUUGACGCCGCUCUCUCGCAAACGCUCUGGACUGCCCCGACGACUUCCCGCGAGCGCAAUUCGUACCUCGGCCGCGAGCUCCCGCGCUUCUUUUCCUGGGUCUUUCCCGGUCGUGUGGCAGGCAUGUCCACGCCACGCCACGCCGGCGACAUCAGCGCCCUCAUCGACAUGGGUUUCACGCACGUCCUCUCGCUCACUGCCGAGUCUCCGCUGGACCCCGCCUGGUUUCAUCUCAAGCCACUCCGGCAUGUGUACGUCCCGCUGCCCAACUACGGCGCGCCCACGCUCCAGGAGAUGGACGCCAUCCUCGAGGAGAUUGGUGAAGGAGGCGCUUGGCUUGUGCACUGCGGCGGUGGAGUGGGACGGGCUGGCACCGUGCUCGCGUGCCUGAUGACCAUGCUUGGCCGUUCGGGCGUCGCAGGCAGUGAGCCACAGAUGGACGCCAAGGCCGCCAUCUCGUUGCUCCGCCAGAUGCGGCCCCGGUCACUGGAGAGCGAGACGCAGGAGCGGUUUGUCUCGGCGUUUGUCUCGCACCGAUGGAAGACUGCCUAUGAGGCGCCGCACGGCGCCGAGCCAAGCACAGAGCUCCGCAUCAGCCCGGCAAGUUGCGCUUCAAGUGCAGCCACGCCAGACGUCAUCUUCAUGGUCGGUAAGCCUGGUUCGGGCAAGAGCUGGCUCGCGAGCGCCAUUGCAAAGCGACGGGGCAGGACAGUCGUCAUCAAUCAGGACAACGACGGCCGCUCUGCAUGUGAGGGACAGUUUGCCAGGAAUCGGCCCGAGGACACACUCGUCAUCCUCGACCGCUGCAACUCGAGACGCCAUGACCGUGCAGAGUGGCUCAAGCUGGUGCCCCACGGGCGGCGCUGCAUCGUCGUCUACUUUGACUACCAGACAUCCGUCUGCCGGCAGCGCAUCAACCGCCGUCUCACCCAUCCUACGAUUCGUGCCGGCCGUGGCGACAAUGCGCUUGACCAGAUGGAGCGAGAGAUGGAAAUGCCGGACCUGAGCGAGGGCUUCGAGACGAUGCUCCACGUGUCGAGCUUCCAAGCGGCCACGCAGGCGCUCGUCUUUCUGACACCAACGCCGCCGCUGCUCAAGUUUCCGCGCACGCUCCAUCUGCUCAGCACGGGGGCCUCUGGGGAGGACGACAUUGUGCUUCCCGACUUCAACGUGCUCUUUGGCCGACUCACAAUCGAAGAGAAGAUCGACGGCGCCAACAUGGGCUUCUCGCUCGACGUGCAGGGCGGCCUGCGGAGCCAGAACCGGAGCCACUGGGUCAAUGCCGCUGACCACGCGCAGUUUAAGCCGCUCUCGAGAUGGCUCGAUGUGCAUGGUGCUGCGCUGGUCAAGCUCCUCAACCAAGACCCGCACUUUCCCGAGAGAUACAUCCUCUACGGCGAGUGGGUCGUGGCGAAGCACUCUGUGCACUACACGGCGCUGCCAGACGUGUUUCUCGCCUUUGACAUGUACGACCGCCUCGAAGCGUCCUUUCUCUCCCGGUCGAUGCUCGCUUCUGCGCUGCAGGGGUCUGGCAUUGCACAAGUCCCGCUCAUUGCCGAGCUCGAGGCGCUCACGAGGGCUGAGAUGCUGGACAUGGUGCAAGGGCAGAGUGCGUAUGCGCCAGGCAGACGCGAGGGCGUCUAUGUCCGUUUUGAGGACGACGCCCGCACACAGACGGUCAAGCGGGGCAAGGUCGUCCGCUCUGACUUUAUCGCCGGCAGCGAACACUGGACAAAGGCAAAGCUCGUGCUGAACGGCGUCGCCAGCGACGCAAGUGAGAUGGAGGGACGUGAUUGA